CACUCCCAUUACCAAACUGACUUCAUGCUGCACAAAAGACAAGACAACACCCGAGGAGAACAAAACCCCAGAGCCUCGGUCCGUCUGUCUGCAGGAGAAAUGAAAGAGUGAAACAGCAUAAUGUAAGCUUUUAGUGUUAGUAUGUCAUGAUCGGCCGUGAAGGAGACGACGCUGUCUGCGAUUUGGUCCCAAGAUGAGCAGUAAGAGAGAGAGGGAGCAGAGGAGGAAGCUGCAGCACUUUCUAAGUGACCUGGCUCUACUCGGAUCACUACAGGGAUUUAAAUACUUCCAGCCUUGGCUAAGAGGGAAAGAGGAGUUGCUGCUGACGGUUGUUAAUGAGGAUCUGGGGUGGCGUUCCCCAGGUUUUGUUGUCUCCAGGGCCUCCACCUACUCCUCCACCAGCAGCUGUAACAGCAGCAAUGUGUCCCCCAGCAGCAGCUCACCCAGCGUGGACAGCCGGAGCAGCUCACCCCUGCCCGGGGAGCCUCCGGGCCCACGAGACCCCGAGUUGCACACACACACCAAGACGCAGCCACAGCCCACCAGGGAGCCCAGCAGCGAGGAGCACCUUCUCCCAGCCUCCCCCAGCGAAAGAGAGAUAGCAGUGCCUGAGGUGAACUGCACUCUGUUUUUACUGGCUGGCUACGUCAAGUACGGGACGGCCCUACGCCUGGAUACGCUCCAAUCACGAGCGCCUGGUUAACAUCGGAGGCACCGAUUCGAUGGUCAAAGACACGCCCAUGAAGCUCAAGUCCAUCGCAGACUGGCAGACACGAGGUGUUCGUAUAUGGGACAUCGUGAGUGAGCUGGUGUGCCUGUGCACCGUUCCCUCUCCCUCCAACCCUUUCGCCCUGGACAUGCGUUACAUCAAAAGCCUUCCACUCACUGACUGCUUCCUCGUCACAGGGGCCCUCCUCAACUUCCUGGAGGUGUAUGUGGUCUACGGGAACCGGGACGAGUUGCACUAUGACAAAGUGGUAGAGGAGGUGAAGCCUCUGAGGCGUCUUCAUGUGAAGUCCCUACUGGAGUUACAGCGACACAGAGAGAGCUCCGGGGUGACCAGCAGUCAGCAGGAUUCAUCUGGAGAGGAGUGACUGUGAUUGUAUGUGAUCCACAUCAAGUUGAGAUGUUCUCAGUGCACUUUUACUGACUUCUUGAAUUAAAAAAAAAAAAAAAAAGGACAGCAAAUUGGUUCAAAUGUGUAAAAUCUCAUCAGAAAGACUAUUUAGGUAAUUUGUGUUUACUGAUUUUUGUGUUUAUGUAACCUGUACGAACCCAUUUCUUUCAAGGCUGUCCCCUUGGAGCUGUAUUUGCAUUUUUACGACAGUUAGAGGGUAGUCACAUGUAUGAGAGUUCUUGAAAAUGUGGAGAAAUAACCCUGGGAAAUGAGUCACAUGACUGAGAUUAAACAUCCCAGGACCUCUCCGAAUGUCUUGCCCUGCCACCCCCCAAACCAUUCAAUCUCUCUCUCUCUCACACACACACACACAGUUAACGACAGGAAUUCUGUUUUCUUCAGGCCAAAUAUAACAUUUUAAAAGUUGAGCGUUCAAGCCUGAAAACGGGAUCAUUCAUCAGGGUCAAAGCAGUAGGAGUUAAAGCUGGUUAAAUAUUUGUAUUCUUGAAAGUUACAGCAGUGUGAGAACAACAUGUAUAGACAAACAAAAAAUGUUGUAUAAAAGGUUUUAAUAUUUCAUAAAAUACAUAUUUAAUUAAAUAUGUACAAUGACAUAACAGUACAUUGAUUAAAUACGCAUUAAAGCGGGCACUUUGACCCCUGAGAUUGGGGCUGCGCCAUUUGUAGCUUUAAAAAAAUAGAUACACCACGAGUACAAAACGUUAAAAUUAAAAACCCAGUGGCACAUCAGUCAAAAAACACCUUUCCUGUUUAACAAAAAAAAAGGCAUCAUUUCUAGCUUAGUUUUGGUCAGGAAACACAAAAUGACAAUUGAAUGGUAGCCUUAAGGUGUACCACUAAUCAUCAAGUCUCUCAUUUGUAAACCUUAAGACAGAAAUCACCAUCAUGAGAGCGUGUUAUGCAAUACUGCACAUAUCAAAGCCUGUAAGCGUCACUGUAACUGAAGUAGUUAGGCACCUUUUAUGGCUUUGGUAAAUGUGAACAAGUCACGGGCUCAGAGUUAAAACGCACAUUGUAGCAUCGACUGACGAGGCAGCUCACUAUGCAAAGUCAUGGACGGGCAUGGCGAAGAAUUCCGGAGGGGGGGGCUUUUAAGAAGAUUCUCUGUCUCGAAUUUCGGCCUAUUGGAAUGCAGGUGCAUGGCCGCGCAUUCCACACGGAGGCUCGACACGGGAACACAACGUUCCCAGUGAUCGGACACAAACAAGCCCUGCAAGUCAUGGCCGAGUGUUUUUCCACGUAAAUGCAAAUAGGUACUUGCAGUGGACAGUUAGGAUCUGUUUUUUGGUUUUUUUUCUUUUUUGUUGUUUUCUUUAUGCAGGAUGCUGCUGUGGUGCCAGAGUGAAGGAUUUUGUUGACCCUGCAGGUUCUCCCACCCCUCCACCAUUUAUAAUGUAGGUGCUGGGGCCUGUCCUACGAUUCAUGAAAGCUACUAACCUCUUAAAAUGUAAGAAAUGAUACAACAAUGUGAAUUUAGAUUGUGAUGCGUUCAGGUGUCAAAUUUUACACCUUUUAAGUGCUCAGAACAUACGACCUGCAUCACAGACUAUAAUCAAUUUUGCUUAACGUUUGUUUGACAACCUGACACCUAUGUAAUCUCUCAAAACUCUUGCAAUGUAGGUUAAAAGCGUUGUUUCCGCCAUCCACUUUAAAAAAAGAUGAGAUAUAAGCUUGCUAGUGCCACAGGGUUAAAAUAAGAUACAUUAAAACAUCAUGACCUGUCACAUACGUCAGUUAAAUAAAAGUCAGUCUUCAAGGAAA